AACCUAAAAUACUAAAUCAAAUUUUCAAAUUACUUUUUCAAAAUGAGCGAUGACGAAAUUAAUUUUCCACGCCUUCUAAAGAAUGGGAUUAAGGACUGGGAGCCUCUUUCAUGGAAUUUAGACAAAUGGAAGCUUGAGCUUAAUAGAGAAAGUUUGGAGAUACGAACUGGGAAACUAAACCCUGCAUUUAACUAUCCACAAUGGGAGACAACAACGAAGAUGAACAAUGUUCCCAGUGGUGACUUCUUCAGCCCUGAAUACCAGAAUAGUAUGGUAGAGAAGGGUGAGUGGGGAUAUUUUGAUUAUAAAUAUAUGCGGGAUUUAUUCCCCCCCUCUACCCUAUCUCUAUUCUCCUGGAACAGUUUGGGACUUAAGGACAGGGACGGGAUGGAUUCUACUCUAUGGAUUGGUUCUCAGGGUGCUCACACACCUUGCCAUCAGGAUAGUUAUGGAUAUAAUCUAGUCUGUCAACUUGUUGGAACCAAGAAGUGGAUUCUCUUCCCUCCAAACCAAACGGAGUAUUUGAAACCUUCCCGUGUACCGUACGAGGAAUCCUCUGUGUACAGCGAUAUAAACUUUCAUCAGGUUCAGAGAAAUCCUGUACAUGUAUUCAAUAAACUACAGUACACCACUCCGUACAUAGUCACCCUUAGGCCGGGAGAUGUUCUGUAUGUACCAAGACAUUGGUGGCAUUUUGUGCAGAACAUAACCUUCUCUGUCAGUGUGAACACCUGGGUAGAGUGUAAAGAGGAUAAUCAAUCCCGGUUAGAAGAAUCCUUAGUACGGAUACAAGCAGCUCUUCUCUCCCAAUCCAUAUCCAGGUUCUACAUAAUAUAUAUCCUUAACAUGGAUACAAGCAGCUCUUCUCUCCCAAUCCGUAUCCAGGUUCUACAUAAUAUAUAUCCUUAACACGGAUACAAGCAGCUCUUCUCUCCCAAUCCGUAUCCAGGUUCUACAUAAUAUAUAUCCUUAGCACGGAUACAAGCAGCUCUUCUAUCCCAAUCCGUAUCCAGGUCAUAUAUAAUAUAUAUCCUUAGCACGGAUACAAGCUGCUAUACUCACCCGAUCCGUAUCCAGGUUCUAUAUAUCCUUAGUACGGAUACAAGCUGCUAUACUCGCCCAAUCGUAAUCCAGGUUUUAUAUAUUCUAACUCCGGAUACAAGCUGCUCUUUUCUCCCAAUCCUAAUCCAGAUAGAAAAUAUCUAUA